AUGGGAAAAGUUAAAAAUAAUAAAAAUCAACAUGUUUCUAAUGACGAUGAUGGAGUGGUUAGAAAUAAAAGAAUUGAUGAUAGUUAUCAUACUACAUUUUUAGUAUUUAUACUAUUUUUCAUUAGUUCAACUCUCUCAGCAAAUUAUAAUAGAAUUUUAGAUUGCGAUGAAUAUAUGAACUAUUGGGAGCCAACACAUUAUUUGAUGUACAAUAAAGGAUUGCAAACUUGGGAAUAUAGUCCAACUUAUUCAUUAAGAUCUUAUGCAUAUUUAUUAAUUCAUUCGUCAAUUGGUAAAUUAUUAACACCUUUAUCAAAUGGAAAUAAGAUUAUAUUGUUUUAUCUUAUUAAAGUUGCAAUUGGAUUUUUUACAUCAGUUUCACAAACUAUAUUUUAUAGAGGUGUAAAGAAUAUGUUUGGCAAAGAAAUUUCAUUAUAUACUAUGAUUUUUAUGUUAUUUUCACCAGCAUUCUUUUUAUCAGGUUCAAACUUUUUACCAACUAGUUUUUCAAUGAUUACAUUUAUGGCAGCAUAUGGAUUUUGGAUGUUAUAUCAAUCAUCAUCAACACCAUUAUCUGGAUUAUCACCAAAGUAUUCAUCAAAAGAGGCUAUAUAUUCAGUAUUUUUAAGCGCAACUAGUGUAUUUUUAGGUUGGCCAUUUGUAAUUGUACUCAUUGUACCAAUAGCAUUAAAUUUAAUUAUUAAAAAUGGUUUUUUCAAAGUAUUAAUAUGGGCAUUAAUUCCAGUUUUAUUAGUUUUUGUUCCAAUGGUUUUAAUUGACUAUCAAUAUUAUGGUAAAUGGGUAAUUGCUAUCCUAAACAUCAUCGCCUACAACUUUACAUCAAGCCAUAGUGGUGGUUCACAAUUAUAUGGUAUUGAACAUUGGAGUUUUUAUUUUAUAAAUGCUUUUGUAAAUUUUAAUAUUGUAUUUUUAUUAUCUUUAUUUACAAUCCCAACUAUUAUUAUUUUUAGAAAAUGGAGCGGUAGUUUAAAAAAUUUAACUUUACUUUCAAUUAUCUAUACAAUUUGUCCAUAUUAUAUUUGGUUUGGUUUUAUGAGUUACCUACCACACAAAGAAGAAAGAUUUUUAUUUGUUAUCUAUCCAUUUAUUUGUUUAGCAGGUUCAAUUACAUUCUAUACAGUUUUAAAUGUCUUAAAUUUAAUGAUUUCAUAUUUAAAGAAUGAUGGUGCUCAUAAGAAGAACGACGAUAUCAAACAAGUUGAACAACAACACUACAACAUCAAUAUUUACUAUGGAUUGAUAAAUUUAAUUAAAUAUUUAUUCAUAUUUGUUUUCAUCACCUUAUCAGUUUCAAGAAUCUAUUCAACCUAUGUAAAUUAUACUGCACCAUUCAACGCUUUUACUUUUUUAAAUAACGAAAUUUUAAUGAAUGGUGAUGUUUCAAAUCCAAAAUUCCCAAGACAUCUUUUAAAAAAUGGUGAUAAUGAAAUUAAAGUUUGUGUUGGUAAAGAAUGGCACAGAUACCCAUCAAAUUUCUUUUUACCAAAUGAUAAGGGAAAUGUUACAUUUACCUUAAAAUUCAUCGAAUCAGAUUUCAAAGGUCAUUUACCAAAACCAUUUUCAACUUUAUCAAAUGGUACUGCAAUAGUACCAACUAAUAUGAAUGAUCAAAACAAACAAGAGUUUGAUAGAUAUAUUAAACCAUCAGAAUGUAGUUUUAUUGUUGAUUUUGAUACUCCAAAUCAAAAUGAGGAGCAUUAUGUUGAUGAUAUUGAAAAUUGGAAAGCUGUCUAUUCAACCCCAUUUUUAGAUGCAGGUUCAUCCAAGAGUUCAUUAUAUAGGGCAUUCUGGGUACCAAAGAAAUCAGCCGAAAAUAACAAAUAUUACGAUUAUUAUAUUUUAGAAAAAAGAGAUACAACUUUACUUUAGAUAUUAUAAUAAUAAUUAAAAUAUUUAUAACAAUAUAAUUUUAAUAAUAGUAAUUAUAAUAAUUAUAAUAAUUAAUAAUUAUAAUAAUUAUAACAACAUAAUAAUAAUAACAAUAUAAUAAUAACACAAUAUACAAAUAAAAAAAAGAAUAAAGAUAAUAUUCAAAAAUAAAAGAUUAAAAAAAAAAAAAACUAGAUCUAGUUUUCCCACAAAGGGUUAAAAUUAAAAUUUAUUUAUUAU